AGCAAUUGACACAUCAUCUUCAAAUGGAGUGGCUUUUACAAUUCCUUCAUCUCCUCUUUCUAGCUUCUCUUCUUAUAUGUAGUAGUAGUAGUAAUAUAACAAUUUCAGAUCAAAUUGCUAAGCCUUAUGUUGUUUAUAUGGGAAGCAACAUUAAUGGUGUAGAUGGCCAAAUACCAGAAUCAGUUCAUCUUGAUUUACUAUCAUCAAUCAUUCCAAGUGAAGAAAGUGAGAGGAUAGCACUUAUCCACCAUUAUAGUCAUGCCUUUAAUGGAUUCUCUGCCAUGCUUACACAAAGUGAAGCUUCUGCAUUAGCUGGCAAUGAUGGUGUGGUGUCAGUGUUCGAAGAUCCAAUUCUUGAAUUGCAUACAACCAGGUCUUGGGAUUUCUUAGAGUCAGAUUUGGGAAUGAGGCCUCAUGGCAUUCUUAAACACCAACACUCAUCAAAUGAUAUCAUUAUUGGUGUUAUAGACACUGGGAUAUGGCCAGAGUCACCAAGUUUCAAAGAUGAGGGUAUAGGGAAGAUUCCAUCAAGAUGGAAAGGAGUUUGCAUGGAGGCUCAUGAUUUCAAGAAAUCUAAUUGCAACAGAAAAUUGAUAGGAGCAAGAUACUAUAAUAAAAAAGAUCCCAAAGGUUCCCCAAGAGAUUUUAAUGGACAUGGGACUCACACUGCAUCAACAGCAGCUGGUGUCAUUGUUAACAAUGCUAGUUACUAUGGUUUAGCAAAAGGAACAGCAAGAGGUGGUUCACCUUCUGCUAGGAUUGCUGCCUAUAAAGCAUGCUCAGGAGAAGGUUGCUCCGGUGGCACUCUAUUGAAGGCUAUUGAUGAUGCUAUCAAGGAUGGAGUAGAUAUAAUCUCAAUCUCUAUUGGAUUUAGCUCAGAAUUUCUAUCAGAAUAUUUGAGUGAUCCAAUAGCUAUUGGAGCAUUUCAUGCAGAACAAAGGGGUGUCAUGGUUGUGUGUUCAGCUGGAAAUGAAGGUCCUGAUCAUUACACUGUUGUCAACACAGCACCAUGGAUAUUUACGGUUGCAGCCUCUAAUAUCGAUAGGAAUUUCCAGUCAACUGUUGUCCUUGGAAACGGAAAAGCUUAUAAAGGUGUUGGCAUUAACUUCUCAAACCUUACUCGCUCAACGAUGUUUUCUCUUGUUUUUGGAGAGGACGUUGCUGCCAAAAAAACAACAAAAUCAGAAGCUAGGAACUGUUAUCCUGGAUCACUAGAUAACAAAAAAGUUGCAGGAAAGAUUGUUAUUUGUGCUAACGAUGAUCAAAAUCUUACACGCAAAAUGAAGAAGCUAAUUUUACAAGAUGCGGGAGCCAUGGGGAUGAUACUUAUUGAGAAGGAACACCUAGAUGCUCCCUUUGAUGCAGGUUUAUUUCCCUUCACAGAAGUUGGCAAUCUUGAAGGGCUUCAAAUCCUUAAGUAUAUAAAAUCUACCAAGAAACCAACUGCAACAAUUCUUCCAACAACAGUAGUUUCUAGAUACAGGCCUGCACCUAUUGUUGCAUCUUUCUCAUCAAGAGGUCCUUCAAGCCUUACUGAAAACAUUCUCAAGCCGGAUGUCAUGGCUCCAGGAGUUUCAAUAUUGGCUGCUUUCAUUCCUGAAAAAGAAAAUGUUCCAAUCGGUAAAAAGCCAUCGAUGUUUGGCAUACAAUCUGGUACAUCUAUGGCUUGCCCACAUGUGUCAGGUGCUGCAGCAUUCAUCAAAUCAGUACAUGGAGGAUGGAGUCCUUCGAUGAUCAAAUCAGCAUUAAUGACAACAGCUACAACGUACAAUAACAUGAGGAAGCCAGUGACAAAUAGCUCGAACUACAUUUCCAACCCACAUGAAAUGGGAGUUGGGGAAAUUAAUCCACUCAAAGCUCUCAACCCUGGUUUAGUCUUUGAAACAAAUGUGAAAGACUACAUUAACUUCCUAUGUUACUUUGGCUAUUCCAACAAAGACAUAAGAAAAAUGUGUAAGACUAAUGUCACAUGCCCAAGGGCCUCAAAAAGUCUUAUAUCCAACAUCAAUUACCCAUCAAUCUCUAUAGAAAAACUUAAAAGGAAACAAAAAGCAAAAGUGAUCACAAGAACAGUUACCAAUGUUGGAUCUCUUAAUGCUACAUACAUUGCAAAGGUACAUGCACCUGAAGGAUUGGUUGUUAAGGUCAUCCCCAACAAACUUGUGUUUUCAGAGAGUGUUCAAAGAAUUACCUAUAAAGUCUCGUUCUCGGGAAACAAGGCUCGCGGUGGAUACAAUUUUGGGUCUCUAACAUGGCUUGAUCGUCGACACUAUGUUCAUACAGUAUUUGCAGUCCAAGUUGAAUAAAUAUGGCCUGAUUGUGUUUUUUUCUUUGUUUUUGCAUUACUUUAUUGUGUAUGUGAAUGUGCUUGGUACAUUAAUGAGACAACAAUAACAUGCUUGUAUUUUUAACAAAGCUUCCAACCUUUGUUCUACCAUAUUGUCAAUGGACUUUCAAUUACAAAUA